AUGCUCGACGCCUCCGGGGAUAAAAAGAGUAGUGCCUCUGAAGUCUCUGUUCGUAUCGGAAAUGUCCUACCGUCGCCUCAAAGGGAGGCAGCGACAUCGCCCAAUUCUGAUGAUCCUCACAACUGGCCCAAAUGGAAGAAAAACGCCCAGAUCCUGAUGGUCGCUUUCCAUUCUAUGGUGGCGACCUUCAUGGGGGCGGGAAUCAUUCCGGCGUACGAUGCCAUGGCCGAGGAGUAUGCGGUGACCGUGCAGGACGCGAGCUAUCUGACCUCAUUUCAGAUUCUCUUCCUUGGCGUAGUUCCUCUCUUCUGGAAACCUAUCACAACCAUCUAUGGCCGCUACCACGUCUUCAUAUUCUCUGUACUGGGCAGCAUGGUCUGCAACAUUGGUGGUGGAUGGUGCACAACCUACGGUGCGCAGAUGGCUACUCGCAUCCUCACCGCGAUCCUCAUCUCGCCUGCCCUCGGUAUUGGAAGUGGUGUCAUCACCGACUUGUGCGAGCCGGAAGAGCGGGCCCAAAAACUGGGCUGGUGGACGUUGAUGCUCACGCUUGGCACGCCGGCAGGACCCCUCAUUAUGGGCUUUGUCAUUCAGCAUGCUGGCGUGGAAUGGGUAUACUGGAUCUUUGCGAUCAUAAACUUCAUCCAGUUCAUCGGGUACCUGCUCUUCGGUGCGGAGUCAAUGCAUGUCCCCGAUCUAGACGGAUACCCCAACACCAGUGAGCCCAAAACUGGGUUCCUGGCGAAACUGGCUCCUCGACGGAUCGACCCGCGUCCUCUAACGCUGCGGGAAUUCAUCAGGCCUCUCGUUCUAGCACGGUACCCCCGGGUGUUAAUUCCAGCCAUCGCGCACAGCAUUGUCUUCGCGUACGGCAAUGUUGCCCUGAUCGUGGAAUUGCCCAUCGUCUUUGGCGAGAAGUUUCACUUUAGUGCUCAGACGAUCGGGCUGCAGUACAUUGCCAUUAUCAUCGGAUGCUUCCUAGGUGAGCAGCUCAGCGGGCCCAUGUCCGACUGGUUUUUGCAAUCUCUGGACAGAAGCAAGGGCCGCCAUAUCGCUGCAGACCGUCUGUGGCUUUCGUAUAUUGGAUUCGGCACAGUCAUCGCCGGACUCUUGGUCUGGGGUUUGCAGCUGGACAAAGCGACCUCCUGGAAUGUCACGCCGGGUGUCGGCGCUGCGAUUGCCAGUUUCGGCAACCAAAUCUGCACCACCAUCCUAAUCUCGUUUGCCGUUGACAGCUAUGGCGACGAAGCGACCAAUAUCGGUGUUUGUAUCAAUAUUUUCCGAAACAUCUGGGGUUUUAUUGCCCCGUUCUAUCUUCCUCUCAUGUUUGAGACUCUGAGGCUGUCCGGUGCAGCGGGCGUCAUGUGCGGAAUAAUUGUUGGGGCCGCGCUCCUCCCGAUAGUAGCCAUUCAUUUUACUGCCACUCGAUCGGAUCACAGCUAG